CCCCACUCACACUUGCCGCAUUUUCACGGCAGAAGCCAAGGUCAGAAGCCAAAGUGUUAAAAAAAGAAGCGUUACAAAACGGGCAAAAGGCACUGGGAGCUCCACCAAGGCACCAUGGACAGCCGAAACGUCGUUGUUUGCGACAACGGAACCGGGUAUGUGAAGUGUGGAUUUUCUGGGGAGAAUUUCCCCACAUCGGUCUUUCCUUGUGUAGUGGGAAGGCCGAUGCUCCGUUACGAAGAAUCACUUACCGAGCAAGAGGUUAAGGAUAUUGUUGUUGGCGAAAGCUGUGCAGACUUGCGGCAUCAGCUUGAUGUAUCUUAUCCUGUGAACAACGGCAUAGUGCAAAAUUGGGAUGAUAUGUGUCAUAUAUGGGAUCAUGCAUUUUACAAUGAAUUGAAGAUUAACCCUCCAGACUGUAAGAUUCUACUCACGGAUCCGCCUCUCAAUCCUUCCAAGAAUCGUGAAAAAAUGGUCGAGAUGAUGUUUGAGAAGUAUAAUUUUGCUGGAGUGUUUAUCCAAAUCCAAGCUGUUCUAACAUUAUAUGCUCAAGGUUUGUUGACUGGAUUAGUUAUUGACUCCGGUGAUGGUGUCACUCAUGUGGUUCCAGUUGUUGAUGGCUAUUCUUUCCCUCAUCUAACUAAACGAAUGAAUGUUGCUGGUCGACAUAUAACCUCCUAUCUUGUUGAUUUGCUUUCAAGGAGGGGGUAUGCAUUAAAUAGGACUGCUGAUUUUGAGACUGUUAGGGAAAUCAAAGAGAAGCUGUGCUAUAUAAGUUACGACUACAAGAGGGAAUACCAGUUGGGGCUUGAGACCACCAUCCUUGUUAAAAAUUAUACUCUUCCGGAUGGAAGGGUCAUUAAAGUAGGCACUGAAAGGUUCCAGGCUCCUGAGGCUCUUUUCACUCCGGAACUCAUAGAUGUAGAAGGUGAUGGAAUGGCUGACAUGGUUUUUCGCUGCAUUCAGGAAAUGGAUAUUGACAAUCGGAUGAUGCUAUAUCAACACAUAGUUUUAAGUGGAGGGAGCACUAUGUAUCCUGGAUUACCAAGCCGAUUGGAAAAAGAAAUACUUGAUCGUUAUCUUGAUGUUGUCCUGAAGGGUAACAAAGAUGGAUUGAAGAAAUUACGACUAAGAAUAGAGGAUCCACCACGUAGGAAGCACAUGGUGUACCUUGGAGGUGCUGUACUUGCAGGAAUAAUGAAGGAUGCACCAGAGUUUUGGAUUAACAGGGAAGAUUAUCUAGAAGAAGGAAUUGCUUGCCUAAGCAAGUGUGGCCAGGCAUGACUUUGAGCUCCGUGAUCGCUCUGAAAACGGGAAAUCAUUUUGGGAAGCAAAAGCGCUCCAGAGGCUAAGUGAUGAAUAUUCAAAGUUGUUAAAACUGCCUCCUAAAAUAGCUUACAUUAAUUGCUGUUGGCAUUGUAUAGCUGUCCCUAUGGCUACUAGAGGCUAGCUGUGAUUGAGUAUGCACUUACGUUUUCAUGAUAGAUACGACAAGAGAAUUCUUGUAUCUUGUUUUUGUAACAAGAAUUGUUGAAACUAUGUGGCAUAAUGUUGAACAAAGAAUAUACAUUGUAAAUUUGGUAA